CAUGGAGUGCGGGAGACGCAUAGUUAUUAUUGCCGUUAUCGCAACCGUUCUUGUCGUGGUUAUCAUCUGCAUAGCCAUCUGCACCGGCAUCCCCACCCCCCUAGCAGUGACUCCGAGUCAGACUGACGAUGACUUUAAGGACACGUUCAUGGAGAGAUGUCAGAAGUUCAAUGGAUCCAAACCUUCCAGGGCCAACUGUCAAACCAUAUGGGACAAAUUUCAACAGGCCUACGUUAACAAAGAUCCUUGUGAAGUUCCCACAGAGGCUUACGAUCCCGUCAUUGCUGAAGCUCCUAUGGAAUCUGCCCACUACAGAUUCAUGUUCUGGAGCAAGACAAAGGAUGUGGUCCAUGAAUUCACUGGAAAGAACAACUGUUUUAUGACUCUGGAGAAGUUCCUGUUGGGAUCGGUCCUGGAUGACCUAGUCUGGUGUGGAAAGAAGGGCAGCAAUGAAACUUUCACCACUGGUUGCCCUAAUGGGACAGAGUGUGUGAAGAACCCUGUUCGCUCAUUUUGGAAUAGAAGCUCAGCUGCGUUUGCAGAACUUGCUUGGGGGAACGUCACUGUGAUGCUAAACGGUUCGCUUCAAACACCGUUUGAUAAUGAAAGUAUAUUUGCCAGUGUUGAGUUGAAGAGAUUUGAGUUUCCAAGAGUGACACACUUGGCUGUUGUUCUGGUCACCCAGAAGAACUCAGAGACAAACUGCUCAAAUGAAUCUUUACAAAAAUUGAAGAAGGAGGUACUGGACAAAGGGAUCGGUUAUAAUUGCUCGGCAGUGACUGAGUCUCACCUCAAGGCGUGUGCCUCUGACACAGUGAAACUCUCACAUUGGCGUUUUUUCACUAUCACCAGCACUAUCUUGUUUUUCUCUUUUUACCAAACUUAAAAUUCUUUAGUAUUUCUGGGUCUGUUCAACUCAGAUCAUGUCUUUUUAAUAUUAAAAGGUGUAGCUGGGAAUUCUUUUUUUCAUUAUUUUUAUUAUAACAUGCCCUGUAGUUUUAGAUAAAGGUUCUGCUGUAUGUGUUUAGUUGAUGCACAUGUGUAACAUAAGAACAUGUGCAAUUAGCUAAGUUGUAAAAUAAAAGUUAUUGCAUAUUUUUUUGGUAAAUGUGAAUCUGGUG